GGUAGGCGUGGUCGAAGCGCGUCACUGUGCUGACGAUGAAGCUGCGACUGAAGCUCGGCUCUCGACGUCUCUCCGUAGUGUUACCACAGACCACUGCGCAGUCCUCUCUCCAGUCAGUGAGGCAGCACAUCACGGAGAGCGGACUAGCUCGAGGAACAUGUGAGUUGUCUCUGAACGGAACCGAUGCCUUGGAGGAGACUCGCUCUCUGGCUGAGCUCGGCAUUGUCAGCGGAGAUCUUCUGCACGUUCUGUGCCGAGACGAAAACGAUGAUCAGGCAGACCUACCUUCCCAUGUGCUAGCAAGGGAUAAUUUCCAACCUAGCCCACAUCAAGAGGAAAACCUACCCCAAGAGAAGGAGGGUGACAUGAAGAUGCAGCGGUCCUCGGAUGAGACUACUAUGUCUGAGCCAGAGUGUCAACUGAUGCCAGACACUAUGAGCCACUACCAGGAUUUCUGUCAGUCCCUCCUGAGAUUGGUUCCAGAGAAGGAUACCUCACUGCCACAUCUCACUCAGACUGCUACACUGUGUACUGCUCUGCACAGUCUGAUGCUAGAUGCAGGAUUCACCCCUGUUGAGAAUGGCCAUCUUCUCAAUGACACCUCAGCAAAAUGGAGCUACAAUACACCCGUCAAUGAUGAGAUCAGAGUUCAUCUGGCCUGUUUGAAAAUGGGUCAUCUCCUCAGUGUCCACGGGAUGGCAAAAAUCAAGGAAGAGAAAGUUACAGUUUCUUUGUCUCUGCAAGUAUCCACUCACGUUGGCAGGGACACGAAAACAGGUUUAUGGAUCCUGCUGAAACCGGCUGAACUGGCAGUGGUCUUCAAGGACCAAGUCACACACAGACUCCUUACAAACAUCAGGACAGGUAUAUAGCUUAAGGAGCAAGGGUUUUGGUGUGGGUUAUAUAGCAGAAUUAUUGAUGUGUGUUUUUGCUUUCAAGUGUUAGGUCUACCAGAGGUUGGAACAUUCUCCAGUCUCUUUCCUGAACUAAAGUUGCUAGUGUGCAGAACACUAGACCUGAAGAGUCUACUUGCUUUGUCAGCAGCCAGCAAGGAGCUGCACGCUCUCUGCCAAGAUCCGUAUCUCUGGAAACACUUGCUUCUGCGAGACUUUGGACAAAGACACAUGCUGCCUGCCAGUCAGAGCAAUCAUGCUUGGAAACAGCUGUACAUUGAACGUUUCAAGAAGGCCGUUGAGAGAGAGAGGCUGACUCAGCACUCCUCUCUCAUCUUUCCCCUCGUCCCUCCCGAUCCUCUCCCUCUCUUCACUCCUCCUCCACCACACCCCUUCCCACUCAUGAUAGGAGGGGGACAUGACUUGCUACCACAAGUACCAGAACGUCUCCAUCUUGGAGGGGAAUUCCCACCAUUACAUCGUCAUCGUCGACAUCAUCCAGAAAUCAGAGAUCACAUGAUUCAACCAUUGCUCCGCCAUCAGCAGCCCCCAUACCAACAACACUGGCCGUCUAACAGAAGACUCCAACCAGCCACACGCGUCUCUUUUCCCCGACUCAUGUAGCGGACUCUGUAGACCCACCGUCAGAAUUGCUUUCCAGUAACAGAGAAACACUCUACACCACAACACCCACAUAUCUAUGGCACUGUUUCUGCACAUGCAUAGACCCAGUGAUCACGGUGAUUGCGCAUAUGGCACGUACUUUGCUCACCAAUUUUAAACAAUUUGCAUUAUUGAGCUGUGCGUCAAGCAAAAUAGAUCACAUCAUAUCAAAAUUUCACCAAUUAGAGUACACUUAAUUAAUGGGGGAAUACACAGCUCUCUCUCUAUAGUAUAAAGUUAUUCAUUCAGUACAGUCUUUUACUAGCGUUAACGAAUUUCGAUAUAUCCCAUGUUUGAAACAAUCUCGGUGGUCCGGCCGUGGUCUGGUGUCCUGGUAACAGUCAUCUCAAACCUUCCACGGUCUCCACUUGUUGGAUCCGUCCGACUGACGUCGAAACAGAAUCGCUUCUGGCACGAGUCAAAGAGGAGUUUGUAGAGUCCGCCUCCUUCAUCAUCGAUGCCAUCGCCCUGACUGAGCUCUUGGUUUGUAUCAACAUGAAACACAU